GUUGCGUCGCCCCUCCUUACGUUUUUAGCAACCAAACGCACGUUUUGUGACACGAUAAUCUCGGAACCCUAUCACACAUUGACACAGUGGCAUCUUGUUCCUUCCUUGUGAUGUGUGUAGGGAAGCGAAGCAGAGAAGAGUAGAUGGUGGGUGAAACGGCGGCAACGGGGAAGUCGGUUGGUUUGGGUUUGGGAUGUGACCCAGUGGUGGGAUCCUUGGCUUGUUCGAAGAAGAGAGAAUACAGAGUCACCAAUCGCCUUCAAGAGGGAAAGCGCCCUCUAUACGCCGUCAUUUUCAACUUCAUCGACUCCCGCUACUUCAACGUUUUCGCCACUGUUGGCGGCAAUAGGGUUACUGUUUAUCAAUGUCUCGAAGGAGGAGUUAUUGCUGUUUUGCAAUCUUAUGUAGACGAAGAUAAGGAUGAGUCUUUUUACACAGUGAGUUGGGCAUGCAAUGUUGAUGGCACCCCAUUUGUUGUGGCUGGAGGAAUCAAUGGGGUAAUGCGAGUCAUUGAUGUUGGCAGUGAGAAGAUACACAAGAGUUUUGUUGGCCAUGGAGACUCCGUAAAUGAAAUCAGGACUCAAACAUUAAAGCCAUCACUUGUGAUCUCUGCAAGCAAAGAUGAAUCUGUCCGGUUAUGGAAUGUUCAUACUGGAAUAUGCAUUUUAAUAUUUGCCGGAGCUGGAGGACAUCGUAAUGAAGUUUUAAGUGUUGAUUUUCACCCAUCAGAUAUAUAUCGUAUUGCUAGUUGUGGCAUGGAUAAUACUGUAAAAAUAUGGUCUAUGAAGGAGUUCUGGACAUAUGUAGAAAAAUCAUUUACAUGGACAGAUCUUCCUUCUAAGUUUCCCACAAAAUAUGUCCAGUUUCCUGUAUACAAUGCUUCAGUUCAUUUAAAUUAUGUUGACUGUAAUAGGUGGCUAGGUGAUUUUAUCCUCUCAAAGAGUGUUGACAAUGAAAUUAUCUUGUGGGAACCUAAAGUGAAGGAACAAACUCCAGGGGAGGGUGUAGUUGACAUCCUUCAGAAAUACCCUGUUCCUGAGUGUGAUAUCUGGUUCAUCAAGUUUUCUUGUGAUUUCCAUUUCAACUUAGCCGCAGUGGGUAACAGGGAAGGGAAGAUUUUUGUUUGGGAAUUGCAGUCAAGUCCUCCUGUACUUGUUGCAAGGUUGUCACAUCCUCAAUCAAAAUCUCCAAUCAGGCAGACUGCUACGUCCUUUGAUGGAAGUACUAUAUUGAGUUGCUGUGAGGAUGGGACAAUAUGGCGUUGGGAUGAUGUUACAAACUCCCCAGACUAACUUGUCACAUACUAUAUCAAUCUGAUGUACCUAUAUCACUGAAUAAAUCAUUAAGUUUAGUCUGUGAAUCCGCGAGUGCGUCCUCAAGCUAAGUUAAUGUUUGUUUUGAAGUUGUGUGAUUCCUCGUUUGAGAUUUGGCAAUGGAGAAAGUUCUCUAGUGCCAACACCACAUUUUUACUAACCUUUUCAGAAGACAAAAUCUUGUCAAUGCCUUCACUUUCUGCAAAUCACCAUAUCAUAACACAAUCAAUUCUAGUUCACAAAA